AUGGCGCGCUUCGCCUCCGCCGUCCUCCUCGCCGCUGCCCUGCUCAUGGCUGGACGGCUGACGAAUGCGGGGCCAUCGACGACGGCCGAGGAGGUGUUCUGGCGCGCACUCCUGCCAGGCUCCGCCGUGCCGGACGCCGUCCUCCAGCUCCUACGCCCAGCUACGACUACAUCACCUACGAAGCGCCCAGCGAGCCAAGGGGUACCGGCCAGCGGCGGCGCGAGAGACGACGACGACGACGACGACCAUUCGUUCGAAGGCUACGAGUUCAGCUACGACGCGCCCAUUGCGACGACGCGAGGCGGUGGGGCGGCCACGCCGACGCCGACGUCCCCGACGGCGGCGGUGUUCUUCCACGAGGAGGCGGUGCGCGUGGGAGAGCGCCUGCCGCUCCACUUCCGGGCCGCGGCGCCAGCCGCGCUGGGUCUCCUGCCGCGCGGCGUCGCGGACUCCAUCCCGUUCACGACGGCGGCGCUUCCGGCCGUCCUCGCGCUCUUGGGCGUCCCGCCGGGCUCGUCCAGGGCCGCCGCCAUGGCGGAGACGCUGCGCACCUGCGAGCGGCCCCCGCCAGUCGCCGGGGAGGCCGAGGAGGCCAGGUUCUGCGCCACGUCGCUGGAGGCCAUGGUGGAGCGCGCCGUGGCGGCGCUGGGCACGCGCGACGUCCGUGCGGUCACCUCCGCGCUGCCCCGCGCGGGGCUGCCGCCGCAGGCGUACACCGUCCGCGCCGUGCGGCGCAUCCGCGGCGGCGCCAGCUUCGUGGCGUGCCACGACGAGGCGUACCCGUACACCGUGUACCGGUGCCACGGCACGGGGCCCGCCAGGGCGUACCUGGUGGAGAUGGAGGGCGCCCGCGGCGGCGGCGCGGUCACCGUGGCCUUUGUCUGCCACACCGACACGUCCCGGUGGAACCCGGAGCACGUCUCGUUCAAGGUCCUCGGCACCAAGCCCGGCGGCGCGCCCGUCUGCCACCUGAUGCCGUACGGCCACGUCAUCUGGGCCAAGAACGUGAAGCCCUCGCCGGCGUGA